AUGUCGUCCAACCUCAAACGCAAGGCGCAGGCCUCGGCCGACGCCAGCAAAAAGCCCAAGACCAACGCGAGCAUCACAUCCUUCUUCGGCGCCCCCAAGGUCGUCAGCUCGUCCACCCACGGCUCCUCGCCCGUCCCCGAGGCGCCCGCCCCCAAGUUCGACAAGCAGAAAUGGGUCGCCGGCUUGACCGACGAGCAGAGGAAGCUCCUGCAGCUCGAGAUCAACACCCUGGACGACAGCUGGCUGGCUCAUCUGAAGGACGAGGUCACGAGCAAGGAGUUCCUGGAGCUCAAGCGCUUCGUGGGUAGAGAGAUGGCCGGCCCGACAAAGGUGUUCCCGCCGCCGCAGGAUAUCUACUCUUGGUCCCGUCACACUCCCUUCCACACCGUCAAGGUCGUCAUCCUCGGCCAGGACCCCUACCACAACGUGAACCAGGCCCACGGGCUGGCCUUCUCGGUCCGGCCGCCGACGCCUGCACCGCCCUCGCUCCGCAACAUGUACAUAGCGCUGAAGAAGGACUACCCGUCGUUCAUCCCGCCGCCCAAGAAUGGCGGGCUGCUGACGCCGUGGGCGGACCGCGGCGUGCUGCUGCUCAACACGUGCCUGACGGUGCGGGCGCACGAGGCCAACUCGCACGCCAACCGCGGCUGGGAGAAGUUCACGCAGCGCGUCAUCGACCUGGUCGCCCAGAAGCGCACCCGCGGCGUCGUCUUCAUGGCCUGGGGCACCCCGGCCGGCAAGCGCGUCGUCAAGGUCGACAAGAAGCGCCACCUCGUCCUCAACGCCGUCCACCCCAGCCCCCUGAGCGCCCACCGCGGCUUCUUCGACUGCGGCCACUUCCGCAAGGCCAACGACUGGCUCGUCACCCGCUACGGCGACGGCAGCGAGGUCGACUGGGACCUCAUCCCCAAGGAGAAGGACCACAAGCCCGCGGGGCAGGCGGCCGAGGCCGUAGGCGAGGGCAAGAAGCAGAACGGCGUGAGCGAUAAGAAGGACGACGAGAAGGAGGCGGCCGAGGACAAGAUGCCCCCGCCGCCCGUUGUGGUCGUGGGUGAGGUCGAAGAGCAGAACGGCGAGGGCGUGCAGGAGAAGAGUAAGGUGCUAGAGAACAAGGGUGAGGCGGCCACGGCGGUCGUAGAUGGCGAGGAGAAGUGA